GGCGCCGCAGCGCGCGGCGCGGGGUGAGAGGUCGGGACGAUGGCGGCGGCCUUGGGCGAGGAGGCGCCGGACAACGAGGACUACUACGGGCUGCUCAACGUGCGCCGCGAGGCCUCCCAGGAGGAGCUGAAGGCCGCGUACCGCCGGCUGUGCAUGCUGUACCACCCCGACAAGCACCGCGACCCCGAGCUCAAAACCCAGGCUGAGCGGCUCUUCAACCUUGUCCACCAAGCGUAUGAAGUGCUUAGUGAUCCACAGACCAGAGCCAUCUAUGACAUAUAUGGGAGGAGAGGACUGGAGAUGGAAGGCUGGGAGGUUGUGGAACGAAAGAGAACUGCAGCUGAAAUCAGGGAAGAAUUUGAGCGUUUGCAGAGAGAGAGGGAAGAGCGGAGACUGCAGCAGAGAACUAAUCCAAAGGGAACAAUUAGUGUGGGAAUAGAUGCCACUGACCUGUUUGAUCGCUAUGACGAGGAAUAUGAAGAUGUGCCUGGGAGCAGCUUUCCCCAGAUUGAGAUAAACAAAAUGCACAUAUCCCAGUCCAUCGAGGCACCCCUGACUUCCACAGACACAGCAAUACUAUCUGGUAACCUUUCCACCCAGAAUGGGAAUGGAGGGGGAUCAAUUAAUCUUGCACUGAGACGAGUGACAUCUGCCAAGGGAUGGGGAGAGUUGGAGUUUGGAGCUGGAGACCUUCACGGACCUCUCUUUGGGUUGAAGAUAUUUCGUAAUCUUACACCAAGAUGUUUCAUCACCACAAACUGUGCCCUGCAGUUCUCGUCACGCGGGGUCCGCCCUGGCCUCACCACGGUCCUGGCCCGAAACCUGGACAAGAACACAAUGGGCUACCUGCAGUGGCGGUGGGGCAUCCAGUCAGCCAUGAACACCAGUAUUGUCCGGGACACCAAAACCAGCCACUUCACUGUGGCAAUGCAGCUGGGAAUCCCCCAUUCUUUCAUGAUGGUCAGUUACCAGCAUAAGUUUCAGGAUGAGGAUCAAACACGAGUGAAAGGUUCUCUCAAGGUGGGUUUCUUUGGGACCAUAGUGGAGUAUGGAGCAGAGAGGAAGAUUUCCAGACACAGUGUUUUAGGAGCCACUGUCAGCGUUGGUGUUCCUCAAGGAGUGUCCUUGAAAAUCAAGCUGAAUAGGGCCAGCCAGACCUACUUCUUCCCUGUCCAUCUAACAGAUCAGCUGCUUCCCAGCGCCGUGUUCUAUGCCACCGUGGGACCUCUCGUUAUCUACUUCGCCAUGCACAGGCUGGUCAUCAAACCCUACCUCAGGGCACAGAAGGAGAGAGAGCUGGAGAAGCAGCGGGAAAGCACAGCCAGUGACAUCCUACAGAAGAAGCAGGAGGCUGAAGCUGCAGUCCGGUUAAUGCAGGAGUCAGUCCGAAGGAUAAUAGAAGCAGAGGAAGCCAGAAUGGGUCUGAUUGUAGUGAACGCCUGGUAUGGGAAGUUUGUUAAUGACAACAGCAGGAAGAAUGAGAAGGUGAAGGUUAUAGAUGUGACUGUGCCUCUGCAGUGCUUGGUGAAGGAUUCUAAACUCAUCCUUACAGAGGCCUCCAAGGCUGGGCUUCCAGGCUUCUACGAUCCCUGCGUGGGUGAGGAGAAGAGUUUGAAAGUGCUUUAUCAGUUCCGAGGAGUUCUGCACCAAGUGAUGUCAGCUGACAAUGAGGCCCUUAGGAUACCAAAGCAAUCUCACAGGAUCGAUGCCGAUGGCUAAUGCGGGGAACACGCAUCUCUCACGGUACCUGGGUCAAUGGAAACUGCAAAACCUCCCCCGGACGCUGCAAGUUUCAACAGAGACACUUUUAUUUUUACUGUCUGUAUAGCAGGCGGUGUCCUGGCAGUUCUGUUAGGGACAAAAGGACAGACCCUGCUGCUUCAGGCAGCUCCCAGGCAAUAUCUGAGUUGUGGCUCGGUACCCAAUAAAGCAGCGUGACUCUGAGUGCACAGUGCUUUCUGCCGAGGGGCUGAGCGGGCACCCUGCUCCCAGCUGGCCACGGCCCAUUCUGCACUCACACCUCUCUCCUGGUGCACAGCAGGGACAAAGACCUGUUCUUCUCACUUCUCCACGUACUUCCUGGGGUAGGUAACACACCUGCUCCUUCUCAUGAGGGGAAUUUCAGUUCUCUGGCCACGUCCUAGAAAUCCCCUGUGCAAAUACUUUUGGAGAGAGGUCAGUGAUUGUUUCAAUCUCAAAUCUGUGUUUGAAAUGCACUUGUUAGAAAAAGUAUGUGCUUAAGUAUGAAUGAACUGCUCUUCCAGACAAGGACACGGUGUAUCAUAGUUUUGUUGAUUCUUCUGCCACCCACAACCAUGUAUUAUUAAGGAUUUCCAGAAAAGAGGAAAGCAAGUGAGGGAGAAGGACAGCAAUUAAUUUCAUUUGAUUCUGAUGCUGCAACUAUCUCUUAAUAUCUAAUUUAUUUCUAGCAAAAAUAAAUGUAGUUCAUAAAGUAAACCAUACCAAAGUGAGAGAGGCCAAAUGGAUAAAGAGCUGAAAAUGUAACACUCAUCUGCCCUUUCUGAAAAGCAGCAGUUAUGGCAUAGAUCCAUUGGCUUUGUCUUGCCUAGAAGCCCUGCCAGGGAUUUCCAGCAGAAGGGCAGUCCUAGGCUGGUGACAGAGCAGCUGGAAACAGCACCUUACAGAAUCUACUACACACUGGGUACAUCAGCACAUCAGAGGCUUUUGCAGGGACAAGAAAUCAUGGUGGCUGCUCCUUGGUCAGUUUUGCUCUGGCUAAGUCCAGAUCAGCCUUCAUUGCUCAUGGGUGAAAGCAGAGGGGAAAACACCAAUGUCUUGGCAAUGCAGAGUUGCUUUUGACAACUCCUGCAAUAACUCCUUUCCUGACAUGGACCUGG